AUGGAUGAUCAAAAUAAAAUUGAUACUGGAGUGACAGCAUUGAAUGAUGAUUCACAACAACAACUACAACAACAGAACUUAACUCCGGAUCAAUUACAGCAAUUAUUUACUCGAGCUAGCUCCGAAUUGGUAGCAGAAUCAACGGAUGAACAAGAAUUUUUUAAACGUGAAGCAACAAUUAAAGCACCAAAAACAAGUAAAAUAAUACAAACGCCAUUUCCACCGCCUUUAGCAGAUCGUAAAGAAGAUCUCGAUAUUGAUAUUGAACGAUUGAAACAAUUAGUUAAACAAGAAGCAGGUCCAUUAAUCAUCGAAAGAUAUUCUCCUAAUGAAACACAAAUUAAUUAUCCAUUAGCAACUGUUACAAUAACAUUUAAUCAGCCAAUGAUUGCUGUUUCAUCAUUAGAUGAAAAAAUGAAUAUAGAAGAUCUUGGUAUAUCAUUAGCACCAAAACUAGAAGGUCGAUGGAGAUGGACAGGAACGAAAACAGUUCAAUUUGAAGCAAAACAUCGUUUACCGUACUCAACAGAAUAUACAUUAAAAGUCGACAAAGAACAUUGUGUAUCAGCAAUCGGAGGAAAGUUAGAAGAUGAACUAUUGUUCGAAUUUUCAACAACAACACCAAAUGUUCUUCAAUUCUCACCAUAUGGAACAGUUUCAACAUUGAAACCGAAAUGUUUUCUAUUAUUUGAUCAAAAAAUUGAUAGGGGUAAAAUUUUGAAGCAUCUACGUGUAGUGGGCAGUGAUGAACAUGAAAUAUCAAACGACGACUUAGAACUAGUGGAUGAUGAAACAGCAAAAAGUGAAUUUAAAUCAUAUAUAGAUGCUAACGAAGGAAAUCAUGAGAAAUAUAUUGUAUUUACAUUUAAACAUGAUUUAUUAAAAGCAACACAAUACACAGUUCGAUUGCCUGCAGGCUGUCCAUCAGCCGAAGGUCCAUUAGUGACAACAUCAGAAUGGUUAGCUAAUUUUCAAACCUAUGAACCUCUAAGAAUCAUUGAUUGGCAUCCAAAUAAAAAGCAUACAUACCAACCAAGUGCUAGUCCUGGUCAUAGUUGGUCGGUAACAUUCAAUAAUUCGUUGAAUCAUUCAACAAUUAAUAAAUCAUUAUUCAAAGUCGAACCAGAAGUUAGUGGCUUGGGUAUUGAACAUUCAGAAUACAAUGAUCAACAGAUAACAAUACAUAAUAAUUCUAAACCAAAUACUAUUUAUACAUUGGUCAUACAAUCAGAAAAAUUGAAAGAUAUUCAUGGUCAAACAUUAGAACAUGAUUAUGCUGAACAACCAAUUCAAUUUUAUAUACAUGAUUCACCACCAUUACAGGGAGAUAUAUCGGGUGCUACAGGUAUGAUCGUAAUGGAUCCUGGUGUAUUGGAUGAACCAUUUUAUCCAUUUAUGGUUUAUAAUUAUUCAGAAAUAACACUACGUAUUAAUCGAGUCAAACCAGAACAUUAUCAUCCAAAUUUACCUUGUUUUCAGCCAUAUUCUUACCUACAUGGAGAAAAAGAAUCGUAUGUUCAAUUACCUGGAGAAGAGUUGUUAAAUGAAAUUGUACAAACCAAUUGUGAACGUGAUGAACCGAAAGAGAUAAAAAUUCCUUUGAAAGCAUAUUUAACAAAAAAUUUCGGAGUAGGUCAAUUAAUUAUCUUUCUUGAACCAACAGAAAAAGCAUGGAAUGCAUGUCAACACAACCAAUGGCAACGUAAACAAAUCGUAUCAGCCUGGCUACAAUGCACUCGAUUAGCAGUUGAUGUAUUUGCUUCUUCAGGUACAAGCAUGAAAUUAACUGCAUGGGUUACGGAACUAAUGACUGGUGUGCCUGUCAAUCAAGCAACUGUUUCAAUAUUGAAUAAGAAAAAAGAGACAAAUCAACAAGGGUUAUGUACUAUUGAAAAGAACACAACAGAGAAUGAUGAAACAAGAGAAGUAGAAAUAAAAAAAAGAAAAGUAGAAAAUAGAGAAAAUGGAAUAUUAGUCGUAGAAAAAGAUGAUGAUCAAUGUAUGUUAACAGAUAUUUAUGCUAAUGUAUCAAAUCUCAAUGUUUACGUCUGGCAUGUAUUUAAUGAUCGAGGUUUAUAUAAACCAAAAGAAGAUGUACAUAUCAAAGGAUAUGUUCGAUUACUAGAAACAAAAGGCGAUGCAAAAUUACCAACCUAUGCUCAAGGCGUCAUUGAUUAUACAGUUUAUGAUCCUCGUGGUCAAGAACUUCAACAAUCAAAAGUCAAAUUGAAUAAUUAUGGUGCAUUUGAUAUAAAAUUUACAUUACCUGAUAAUGUUAACUUAGGUAAUGGAUGGGUAAGAUUCAGUUUACCCGAUUCACAAACUGAAACAGCACAUUAUUUCAAAAUUCAAGAAUUUCGUAGACCAGAGUAUGAAGUUUCAUCAACGGUUCGACCAACAGUAGUGCAUUAUUGUCAUCCAACUAAUGAUGAAUAUGUCAUAGCUGCUUGUCAAGGAAAAUUAUUUGCUGGUGGUUAUUUAAAUGAUGCCAAUGUUCAAUGGACUGUACAAGCUGAAACAACAACAUUUACGCCAGCUAAAAGAUCGGAUUAUAUAUUUGGUAGAGCUCGACCGUUCGUUUGUUGGUUUGGUAAUUUUAAUGAUAACAACAUAACAUAUCCAGAAAAACGUUUUCAAGGUAAAACAGAUAAUAAAGGUCAACAUGAAAUAAAAAUUACUUAUCAUGGUGUUGAAAAAGAGUCAAGACCAACAAUGGUUCGUGCAUUAGCGGCCAUUACUGAUUUAAAUAAUCAAACACAGGAAACACAAACACAAUUUCUCAUUCAUCCAUGCACAUAUUAUGUUGGAUUUCAAUUAGUAAAUAAUUAUGGCAAGAAAGAUCAACCUGUACAAACAAAAGUCAUUGUCACAGAUAUUGAUGGAAGUUUGAUUGAUAAUGUUUCAAUUGAAUGUAAAAUAGUUGGCAUUGGUAAAGAAAGAAAAGAAGAUAAGAAUGGUUUAACUGUAUUUGAAGAAAUAAAAGACGAACAACAAAUAACCAAUGUUAGUUCAAAUAAAGAUGCAAUCAAUAUGGAUUUUACACCAACAUUAGGAGGCAGAUACAAUAUAUCAUAUACUGUCAAAGAUGAGCAAGGACGAUUAGCUAUGAGUUUCUAUGAUAAUCUUUAUAUUGCUGGUGGUAGUGGAAAAGAAAUAGAAAAACAGAAGGUGGAAUAUAUUCCAACUGACACAUUGACAAUUAUACCAAAUGCAACAAAUUAUCAACCAGAUGACACAUGUGAAUUACUAAUCUUAGUACCUUUUAGUCCAGCUAGUGGACUUGUUAUAUUCGAUUGUGAAGGUCAAAUCUCCCAACCAAUACAAUUUCAGAUUGAACCUGGAAAAGAUUCAACAACUGUUGAAUUCAAAAUAUCAAAAGAUUGGAUACCGGGAUUCACCGUUCAUGUUGAACUAACAGGUUCUAUUCCAAGAGAUACAGAAAUGGUUGAUUCACCAAAUCGUCCAGCAAUCGCUGUUGGUUCAGUAUCAUUAGAAGUCUCAAGAGAUAUCUAUAAACUAAAUAUUUCAGUUGACACAAAAGAAUCAAAUAAAACAUAUACACCAUCAUCAAUUAUUCAAAUCGAUAUUGAUGUUAUACAAUAUACAGAUAAAGCACCUGUAGACAAAGCAGAAGUUUGUCUAAUUGUUGUUGAUGAAGCAAUUUUAUCAUUAACUGAUCACAAAUUAACUAGUCCAUUAGAUAUAUUUUAUCCAAAUCGAUCAGCAUAUAUUGCACAAUACCAUGGUAGAAACCGUUGUCUAUUAUUCAAUAUACAAGAUAUAGAAAAAUUUAAAAAAGAUAUGCAACAAAGACAAGGUGAAGAGGAGGCUUUCGCAUCACGCACAAUGAUGACAAUGAAUGCGAAGUGCUGUAUGUUUGCUCCACCGGCUUACGCGUUUGAUAGGGUAUCUGGCGCUGGUGCUGGUGCUGAACAAAAAAUCGCUGUUCGAUCGAACUUCAAUCCAUUAGCAUGUUGGGUACCAUCAUCAAUUACUAACUCAUCGGGACGUGUUUCAUUUGAAUUUAAAUUACCUGACAAUCUUACACGCUAUCGUGUAUGGGCCGUAGCAACGAAUGAUAAACAAUAUGGUUUAGGUGAAAUGUUAUUUACUGUACAACUACCAAUUAUGAUUCGACCUUCACCACCAAGAUUUCUUAACUAUGGAGAUACAGCUCAUUUUUCAGUUGUUUUACAAAAUCAAACCGAUCUAUCAUUAUUAUUACAUGCUGGCUUAAAAGCAACAAAUGCUAAAUUAAUAACAUCAGAAGCAAAUCAACAAGUAGCUGGCUAUGCAAUUCAACUUCAACCAAAUAAACGAGCUGCAAUUAUAUUUCCACUAUCUACAAUUAAUUCAGGUAUAGCUCGAUUUCAGUUUAUAGUCAGUACGGUAGGAAAUGAAUCAAAGAUAUCAUUUGGCGAUGCAAUCGAAUUAAGUAUACCUAUUUUCACACCAGCAACAUCUGAAGCAUUUGCAACAUAUGGUGAUAUAUGUGAAGAAGAAGUUGUUUUACAACCAAUAAAAAAACCAGAAGAUGUUAUUCCACAAUUUGGUGAGUUAUCAAUAUCAACAAGUUCAACAGCAUUAGCUUCAUUAACAGAUGCAAUUAUUUCGCUUUAUACAUAUCCAUAUGAAUGUACAGAACAAUUAAGUUCAAGAUUAUUAGGUGUACAAUCAUUGUGGGAUGUUUUACAAGCAUUUAAUUGUAAAGACUUACCGGAUAUAUCAGCAAUAAGAACAAAAUUACAAUCAGAUAUGAAUACAUUGAAAGGUCGUCAAUUUCCUAAUGGUGGAUUUGGUUAUUGGACAAAUCGAAGUGACUGUUAUGCUGAUCCAUUUAUAAGUGUGCAUGCUGCACAUUGUUUAGUUGUUGUUGUCAAAAAACAGGUAUGUGACAUUGACAUGAGUAUGUUGGACAAUGUACUGAGAUAUCUUGAAAAUAUUGAAUCUGAAAUUGAUCAAUUACCAUACGGUAAAUAUUGGUCUGAAACAACUCGAUUUAGUUUGAUCAGUUAUGCAUUAUAUGUACGAGCAAAACAUCUUCAAAUAAUAGCUAAUGAAGCAUUUAAAUUAUUUCAACGAAGUGGAUUUAAUAAACUUAGUUUAGAAGCAUUAGGAUGGUUAUUAGUUGCAUUAACUACUGAGAAAAAUAAUAAUACAGAUCAAUUAAUUCAAACAAUAUACAAACAUUUAAAAGGUAAAGUAAGUGAAACAAGUGAAACAGCAAAUUUUAUUACAUCAUAUGGUGAUGAUGGUCAAUCAGUUAUGUUACAUUCAAAUCAACGAACAGAUGCUAUUUUAUUAGAAGCAUUAUUAUAUAUUGAUCCACAAUCAACUCUUUGUACUAAAUUAUGUAAAGGUUUACAAGCACAUAAAGUCAAAGGCGCAUGGAAAUCAACACAAGAAAAUUGUUUUGUAUUAAUCGCAUUAGAUAAAUACUUUCAUAUAAAAGAAAAAGAUACACCAAAUUUUGUUGCUAAUAUUUGGCUAGAUAAUGAUUAUUGUGGUCAACAUCAAUAUAAAGGUCGAACAACAGAUACACACACAGUAAAUAUUCCAAUGAAAGCUAUUUUGUCAUCAUCAUCAUCACCACCACCCAAUACAAAUAUUAACGAUAAUAAUAAGAAUCUACUGAUGCAAAAAGAUGGUAAUGGUCGAUUAUAUUAUCGUAUUGCAUUGAAUUAUGCUCCAUCAAGUCUACACUUAAAUGCAGUUAACUAUGGUUUUAAAAUUGAACGAAUAUACAUAGGUGUUGAUGAUCCAUCACAUGUUCAAAAACAAUCCGAUGAUACAUGGAAAUUUAAAUUAAAUGAAAAAAUUAAAGUUAUAUUAACAAUGACUACAACACAACGACGAUAUCAUAUAGCAUUAGUUGAUUAUUUACCUGCUGGCUGUGAACCAUUAAAUACACAAUUAAAAGGUACAUUGACAGGUGAUACAGAAUCAUCAGUAACAAGAUCAAAUAGAAGUAAUUAUUAUUUCGGAUGUCAACCACAUUGCAUUAUUGGUUGGACUGAACAUGAAAAUUUACGAGAUGAACGUGCUGAAGCAUUUCGAUCAUUAUUAUGGCCUGGUGUAUAUGAAUGGAGUUAUGUUAUGCGUGCAACAUGUACUGGAACAUUCAUAAUGCCACCAGCGAAAGCGGAAGAAAUGUAUUCACCAGAAAAUUUUGGUCGAUGUGCAACAGAAAAGGCUAUUAUUAACUAA